AUGAAGUACGAUACUACUAAUCCCUUGGCAGUACAGCUUCCUUAUAACUUCACUUCAACGGCUGACUUCCCCACUGAAGUUAUGGCUGGAAGAUUUGCUGCUUGGAGAUCUAUUAUUAAAGAUUUGAUCAACUACUUCAGAGAGUAUUCCAGCAUCCAAGAAGAAAUAGUCAGACAACAAUCCAGAUUACAACAAGCCGUUGGAAAUAGUAGCAGUAGCACCAAUUCAAACUCGGAAGAAGCAGAUAGCAUCAAACGAUUUUUCUUAGGGCACGGCAAUGGUUCGGUUCUGGAUAUUCCGAAUAUCUUGUUCAAAUAUCAUCAAAAGAAUGUCACCAAUGCUUCCAAGACAUUAAAAGAUAUCAACAGCAUAAUCAUCCCUAAAUUAGAAGAGUUGAGAAAAGAUUUGUUGGUCAAGAUAAAAGAAAUUAAGAAUUUGCAAAAUGAUUUUAAAAACAAUUUGACCAAAGAAUUGAGUGAAACUAAACUGUUGAUUAGUCAGUAUAACCAAGCUAUCGACUUUUCAAACAAAUUGGAGACUGGGUAUAACAAUAGUGCACACCACGUGCUUCAUGAAUCUGAGAAUGGAAAACUCGAUCCAUACUUGGUUAAAAUAAAAUUGGAUAAGCAAUUAAAACGUCAAAUCGCCGAGGAAAACUAUCUUUAUGAUGCUUAUGCCAACUUACAAAAUGCUGGUCGUCAAUUAGAAUCAAUUGUAGUUUUAGAAAUUCAAAACUAUGUUUCAAUGUUUUUAAACUUGGUCAAUGAAGAAAAUUCUACAUUCAGUACUUAUUUGUUGCCAAAUAUGAACAAUGGAUUUUUGGGUAAAGAAUCUAACUUUGAAUGGGAUGCUUUUAUUGAACGUAAUUUACCAAACUCAAAUUUAAGUGUCAGUGCUGUUGGAAAUCAAUCGACUGGCGUUAGAAAUGGAACUUUUAUUGAUUUGGGUAUCCCAAAACGUCAUUUAUCCGAUUUUGUCAUCAAAAAUUUUGAUACCAAUUUAAAUAUUGCCGUAAGAGAAGGUUAUCUCGAAAGAAGAUCAAAAUUUUUGAAGAAUUAUACCAGUGCAUGGUAUGUUUUAACUUGUAAUUAUAUUCACGAGUUCAAAUCCAAUGAUCGCAAAAGAGAUCCAAAUCCAGUUAUGUCAUUGUCAUUAGACUCAUGUACAGUUAGUGAUCAUUCCAAGAAUGAUGGCAAAUCUGAUGGUAUUUAUAAAUUCAUUUUGACUUCAAGACUGAACAAUGCAUUAAUGCACAAGAAUCACAAGUGGGUUUUCCGAACUGAUACUUUUAAGAAUAUGAUUGAAUGGUUCGAUAGUAUUAAGCAGAUGACUUCGUUGCCAACCCCAGCUGCCAGGGCAAGAGCUAUUACUGGUAAACCAAAACCUGUCUCAGCUGAAUCAAUUUCAAGUGGUCAUGCUAUUUCUCGUAUAUCUACAGGUAAUACUGUUCAAUCGCCAAGCAGGUCUUUAAAAACUAUGAGUACUAAUAAUACCACUGCUAGUCAGAAUGCUUAUAAGCAUAGAUCUUUAACUCAAGUGAAUUCCAAUCCAAAUCAUAAAAGACUUUCCUCUACAUUUUCUCAAAGAAACAAUCAGUCUCCAAGAUUAGGUAAUUUGAUUAAUAGUGAUGGUACCAUAAUAACACCCGUGGAAACUGAUGAUAUGGUUAGACGUUCAGCAAGUAUGUAUUCCUCAUAUAACCCAGUACACUACCAAAACGAACAACAACAACAGCAACGAGUGCAAACUCCUCAGGAUCAACAACAACAACAAGAACCGCAGCAGCAACAACAGCCAUACCCACAACAAUACCAAAGAUUAGAGCAACAACAGGAUCCUCAAUCUCCAUCCAUUCAACAACCAACAGCAUUUAGAAUAAUACCUGUUGACCCACUUGGAAAUGGUUCUCAACCACAACAACAAGUUGGCGGUAAUCCACCAUCUGGAUAUCAAUAUUAUAUCCCUUCAAAUGCUCAACAAGGAACACAACAAUUCUACGAUCCUGUUCAACAACAGUAUUUCACACUUACUCCAAGUGUCCCCGUAUCACAAUCUACCACUUUGACUCAACAAACAUCAACACCACAACCCCAAUAUUUCUCUACAUCGCCACAACCACAAGCUAUUCCAGGAUCUCCAAUUCAACCAUUUGGACCUGCAUUUGUUCCACAAUUCACCCAGCAACAAGAUCAAUCUAAUUUGCAUCCAAAUGUUUUACCAUAUCCAACUGUUAGUAGAACUGACCUGUAUCAUAAUGAUGAUACUAUUACUGAAGAUAAUGUUGAUCAACAUGAUGAACAACAACAACAACUGAAUGAUGAAGGUACACAUUUAGCACCAGUGCCAAAUAAUACAAAUCAUAGUGGUCAAAUUCUUUCACAUUAUUCUGGUGAUGAAGUUUCUACAUUAAUGAGUGGUGGUGCUCAAGGAAAUGAAUUACAUCCAAUGGAGAGUAGAAAGAGUAAUGAUGUACAUCAUGCUGGGGAUAUCAACAUUGAAGUUACCCAAGAUUAA